CGCACGCUCGUUCUUCAGUCAGUAUGAUGGUUCCCGCGGACAUGAAUUGUAUUUUAAUCGCAAGAGGAAACUGAAAAUUCAAGAAGAAUUUUGCAGCGGGUUUAAGACCGUUGAUUCAAAUAUUUUUGCUAAAAAAAAUGGCGAUAACGGAUAUCAGAGGAAGACGGCUGGAUGUGUGGAUUUCCUUUUGUCUGGCUCUGCUGAUUGGGACUCAUCUGGAGGGAAUAUCUGCUCAGAUACGUUACACUAUUCAAGAGGAGGUAAAAGUGGGCACCGCUGUUGGAAAUAUAGCCAAGGACCUUGGAUUAGAUCUCGGGAGGCUGGCGGACAGGAAUCUGCGCGUCGUGUCGGGGACAAAGCAGGAUCUGUUCAAGGUAAACCCGAGAGAUGGAGUUCUGUUAGUGAACCAGAGAGCUGACAGGGAGGAGCUGUGCGCAAAAACGGUUCCGUGCAUCACAAAUCUGAAAGCAGUGGUAGAAAAUCCUCUCGAGAUGCACCAAGUCGUAGUCGAGAUUCUCGAUGUAAAUGACCACUCGCCGAAAUUUCCUGAGGAGAACUAUACAUUAGAGGUGCUGGAGUCCGCCGUAGUCGGAUCUCGAUUUCAGAUAGAAGGAGCCCACGACCUGGAUGUUGGUUUGAAUUCCUUACAGGCAUAUAAAAUAAACCAUAACCCGUAUUUUCGCCUGGAAACAGAGGAAUUUGGGGAGGAUGGAAAGGUCCCAUUCCUGAUAUUACAGCGGCCUUUGGAUAGAGAACAAGCCGCUCAACACUGGUUACUACUAACAGCUACAGAUGGGGGCAAACCAUCAAAAUCUGGUACUAUAAACAUCACUGUCAAUGUAUCGGACGUUAACGACAACUCACCAGUAUGUGAUAAACAAAUUUAUACCAUAACAAUAAAAGAAAACGCACCUGCAGGGACAUUCCUGGUGACAGUAAACGCAUCAGACUCAGAUGAGGGGAUAAACAGUGAGAUAGAAUAUACUUUACGGAGUAAACACAGAGGACUCUCAUCAGAGCCUUUUGAUCUGGAUAGUAGAACUGGCAGACUAACGGUGAAGGGAGGCCUCGAUUAUGAGGAAAAGCAAGUGUAUGAGAUUAAGGUGCUGGCUUCAGACAAAGGUGCCGUGUCCCUCUCCACACACUGCAACGUGGUUGUCAGAGUGGAAGAUGUGAAUGACAACCCGCCCGAAAUAGAAAUCACAUCCCUUUCAGGUCGCAUCCGAGAGGAUGCACCUCCUGGCACCGUGGUGGCGCUGAUGGCUGUGACGGACCUUGACUCAGGUGUGAACGGGCAGGUGGUGUGCAGUGUUCCCGCUCAUUUACCUUUCGACUUAAAGCCGUCACCUGACGGUCAGUCUUACUCUUUGGUCACCAAGGACUACCUAGAUAAAGAAACAACAUCUAUGUAUGAGAUUACAAUAACAGCAAAGGAUUUAGGUAGCCCCACUCUGUCCUCCACAAAGGUGAUACAGGUAGAUGUGCUGGAUGUUAAUGAUAACAGACCUUUGUUCACUGAGAGCCCAUAUACGUUUUAUGUGCCGGAAAACAACAAGGCUGGAAUGUCCAUUUUUUCUGUGAGUGCGUUAGAUGCCGAUGGAGGUGAAAAUGCGGCAGUCUCAUAUUCACUCAGCCGGAGUCCAGGUCCCACUGUGACCUCAUUUUUGAAUAUAAAUGAAGCCAAUGGCACCAUAUCUGCGCUGAGAAGUUUUGACUUUGAAAUCCUGAAAACGUUCCAGUUCCAAGUUGUGGCCACAGAUUCUGGAACUCCGUCACUGAGCAGCAACGUCACAGUGAACGUGUUCAUUCUGGAUCAGAACGACAACGCUCCAGUCAUCCUGUAUCCAGUCAGCUCCAACGGUUCUGCUGAAGGUGUGGAGGAGAUUCCCCGCAAUGUGAACGCAGGACACUUGGUGACUAAAGUCAGAGCCUAUGACGCUGAUAUAGGAUAUAACGGCUGGUUGCUCUUCUCACUGCAGGAAGUCACUGACCACAGUCUCUUUGGUUUGGACCGCUAUACAGGACAGAUCAGAACACUUCGCUCAUUCACAGAGACAGACGAGGCUGAGCAUAAACUGCUCAUACUGGUCAAAGACAAUGGGAACGUUUCUCUCUCAGCAACAGCUACUGUCAUUGUCAAACUGGUGGAGCCCAAAGAGGCUUUUGCUGCCUCUGAUGUUAAAAGCGCCACUAAAGUUGACGAGGAGGACAAUGUGACAUUUUAUCUGAUGAUAACUUUGGGCUCCGUCUCUGUACUUUUUAUCAUCAGUAUCAUCGUGCUGAUCGCGAUGCAGUGCUCCAAAUCCACAGACUAUACUUCUAAAUAUCUCCAAGAGACUAAUUAUGACGGGACUCUGUGUCACAGCAUCCAGUACAGAUCUGGAGACAAACGCUACAUGUUAGUUGGACCCAGAAUGAGUAUAGGAUCUACUAUAGUCCCUGGCAGCCAUGCUAACACUCUAGUGCUCCCUGACAGGAGGAGGGGAUCUGGAGAGCUCACAGGCCACAUGGUGUCAGUGUGUGCUAACGGUUGUGUUGCUCAGUCUAAACAGGCCCUGCCCAUCUCGGGAUCAUUUCUGAUGGAGAGUCUUUGCUGA